GAGCGAAACAUUUUGAAUUCGUAGUUUUGUUCACUGCUCGAAGUGGUUACGAGUAAUAUUGGUUGUGUUAUGCAAUUUCCCUUCCAGAGUUGCUGCAGUUGAGUUAGAAACGGAAGGCUUUGAGAACUUGAAGUCUGACUGUAGUCUGGAUUCCUAUGGACUACCAUCAAUGCUGCCAUUGAUGAAGUCGAAGAGGAAUAAGCUCGACCAAACGUCUAGAGAGCCUGGUCCAUCGUCCGUUCCACCAUCUUCAUGGUCAAACAUUGGCGGAGCAAACAAUGCGAAAUCGUCGCGUAUGAGAUCCGCUUUACUUGAAAACAGAGAAGACACCGGCAAUAUACCCCCUGAGUAUACCAGUAGCAUAAUUCCUGUUUCUCCUCCGCCAUUGAUGAAAUGGACGAGGAACACAAUUUCUUCAGCCAGUAUUUCUGAUCGUCAGCCAGCUUUCGAGCAGACCAUUCUAACCGCCGACAAAAGCGAAAGGUAUGAAGUAACGUCUAGUCCAUUGGCUGAAAUGGAACACGUGUUGAACUGGACUUCAACGUUCAGUGGGUCUGAGAAGCGUGCAUCGCCUGUGAGACCACCUCUUCAAAUUAAAAUAGACGUUUCAACUCGACCCACAGCGUCAAAUACUGGAGUUUCUACUGGAAGGACAUCUGACACGUUGGAGCCACCUGAUGCGUUUGGCGUGCCAGUUGAACGAAGGCGUCGUAUCGGACAACAUUCUGAAUCUUCUAAGCUUUUGGCUCAGAACCAGGAUCCGUGCAAGCAUUCUAAGUGGAAGACAUCACAGAGAUGUCAGUUUUGCCCAAAAGUGUUCAAGUACGUUUCUCGCUUCCGCCAGCAUGAACGUGUUCAUACUGGAGAUCGACCAUUCAGGUGUGAUGUAUGCGGGAAGUCUUUCACUCAGUCAGGCCAUCUCUGUGCUCAUAAACGUACUCAUACAGGAGAUCGACCAUUCCUGUGUGAUGUAUGCGGGAAGUGUUUCACUCAGUCAGGCCAUCUCUGCGUUCAUAAACGUACUCAUACUGGAGAGAGACCGUACAAGUGUAAGACAUGUGGUGCGUCGUUCGCGGAUUCGUCAAAUUUACGGAAACAUGAACUUAUCCAUUCUGGAGAAAGAUCUUUCACGUGCUAGACAUGUGUAACGUCAUUCACACAGUCAUCCUAACUACGUGACCAUGAACGUAUACAUACAGGUGAACGUCCAUAUAGGUGCAGAGAGUGCGCAAAGUUCUUCAGAACAUCAUCAUGUUAUCCUAGACACCAGUGUAUUUAUAACCUACAAUGAAUAGCCUAAAAGUCGUUAGAUAGUGUUUUGUAUGGGUGAAAAUGUAUUUCUAUUCUUCGUGCUUAUAAAUUUUACGAUCAAGAGAGAACGAUAGUGUGUGUGUCUGUUUGAAAGAUAGUUAAAAUUCGCAGCAUUUAAAAAACGAAAUCACUCUUUGAUGCUGUUCACACAAGUCUGGUCUUUGCCACACACGAGAUAAACUAUGAUUGUACAGAAUCGCGAUCUGAUGUGGAUUAUGUAGUUCUGUAUUUCUGGUCUAUUCCAUGGUCCCGUUCUCAUGUUUUAUAUCAGAAGUCAAUAACCUUAUUCUAGCAUAACGUUCUAUCUGAGAAGGUUUAAUUAAUUCAGAUCGUA